AAAUUUAUUUAAGCGAAAUUAAAUAAUGGUUACCCAUAUAAAGUUCAAGUUGGUCAUGAAUUCAAUCUUAUGCAGGUGACCAAAUUGGUGUUUGUUAUGGCAUGAUGGGCAACAACUUACCGCCCAGCCCAGAAGUCAUAGCUCUCUACAACCAAUACAACAUCCGAAGGAUGAGACUCUACGAUCCGGAUCAAGCUGCGCUCCAAGCCCUCGGAGGCACCAACAUUGAGGUCAUGCUCGGCGUCCCCAACACCGAUCUCGCACGCAUCGCUGCCAGCCAGGACAAUGCCAACGCUUGGGUCCAAAACAACGUCGAGAACCACGCCAACGUCAAGUUCCGCUACAUAGCCGUUGGGAAUGAAGUUAAGCCCUCGGAUUCUUUUGCACAGUUUCUAGUCCCCGCCAUGCAGAACAUCCGAAAUGCACUUCCGGCUGCCGGACUUGGAAUCAAAGUUUCCACGGCUAUCGGCACCGGGGCCCUCGGAGAAUCUUUCCCACCGUCCAAUGGGUCUUUCAAGGGUGAAUAUAUGCUGAUUCUAAACCCUGUUAUUCGUUUCUUGGUGGACACACAAGCUCCAUUGCUGGUCAACUUGUACCCUUACUUCAGUUACAUAGGCAAAACUGAGGACAUCCCCCUUAAUCACGCCCUCUUCGAGACUCCGACGCUAGUGGUGCAAGACGGGUCUCUACAGUACCAUAAUCUUUUCGAUGCAAUUCUUGACGCAGUCUAUGCUGCGCUUGAGAAGUCCGGUGAAGGCAAUUUAGAGAUUGUUGUAUCAGAGACAGAGUGGCUGGCCUACUGCUGGUGGAACGGCAACGACGGUUAAUAAUGCAAGGACUUAUAACAACAAUCUGAUUCAACAUGUGAAGGGAGGGACUCCGAAGAAGCCUGGAAAGCCCAUCGAGACAUACAUUUUUGGCAUGUUUGAUGAGAAUAACAAGGAACCCGAGUA